AUUGUAAAGUUUCCGGACGUCAAGCGUGUGCCGAUUCCAGCUAACUUCCCAACAGUCACCUUGUGGUGAUCCCCAACCUGCAGCCAAUCAGCGGCAGCGAGGGACACAUGGACGCUGAUAAUAUUUCCACGGAAGCAGGCUAAGGCUACGGAGAACAAAGAACGCCGUUUGAUUAUCUCGUAAUCUUCCUUUGAGGUUAGCAGGCAUGUGUUCAAGCACCGUUGACUUUAUUUUUAAACUUAGUGGUUAUUAACGGGGGCGUGUUGCGACUUGUUGGUUUUGUUGAGCAACCGGGGAAACUCGUCGGUGUGUUGUGGCCACUUUCUCCGAGCCGGAGGGCAACGGCGACUCAUGGAGUCACAUUGUCCCUGGUAGAAGAGUGUAUGUGUUCUCCUGCAUCUUUGCACACCAGGGCCUCAUUAGCGCCCAUGAGUUAACGCCAGGAUUCCCCACGUACUCAUUAGGCUCUUUUGUCCACCCCUUUCCCCGCCCUCUCUCCCCCGACCCCCUUAAAAGACCUCAGUAUGGGCCAAAAGAUCUCUGUGAGCAUCAAGUCGGUGGACGUACACGGCGAGCCCCCCUACCAACCAGUGCAACGAGAACUACGAGGCCCGGAUUUCUGCCGGCCACCAAGAUUGGACUUACUGCUGGACAUGCCUCUGGCCAGUCCCGAGACUCAGCUCUGCCACGCCUGGAACCCCGAUGACCGGUCCCUCAACGUUUUCGUCAAAGAGGACGACAAGCUGACCUUCCACAGGCACCCAGUGGCGCAGAGCACGGACUGUAUCCGAGGAAAAGCAGGCUACACCAGGGGCCUCCACGUUUGGAGGAUUCAUUGGCCAGCCAGACAGAGGGGCACCCACGCCGUGGUGGGCGUGGCCACCACCGAAGCCCCGUUACACUCGGUGGGCUACACUGCUUUAGUAGGCUCGGAUUCAGAAUCCUGGGGCUGGGACCUAGGUCGGAACAGACUAUACCAUGACGGAAAGACUCAAGCGGCACCUUCGACGGCACCCACGUACCCGUGUUUCCUGGAACCAGAUGAGUCCUUCGUGCUCCCGGACUCCCUGACCGUAAUACUUGAUAUGGAUGAGGGAACGCUGAGCUUCAUGGUUGAUGGACAGUAUCUGGGAGUGGCGUUCCGGGGUUUAAAAGGCAAGCGGCUGUAUCCCAUCGUCAGUGCUGUGUGGGGACACUGUGAGGUCACCAUUCGCUACAUCAACGGACUGGAUCCGGAGCCCCUCCCCCUCAUGGAUCUAUGUAGAAGAGUGGCUCGACUGGCUCUCGGCCGGGAACGCAUCCAUCACAUCGAAACGCUCCCGCUGCCUCAGACUCUCAAGAAGUACCUCCAGUACCAGUGAGUGACUGUGACGCCGACACCCACACAUGUGAGGAACAUUUUUAUUGUACCCCGACGCCCCUCGUUCCCCCCUUCAGACUGAAUCUAUGAAAAACAGCAGAGAUCUGCUGAGGAUCCACCAAGGCCUUGGACUUUAUUUACAUGUUCAAGAUGAAGAUGAUGCUCCAAUUUAGUUUUUCCUUUCCUGUUUUUAAGGGCUUCUGUCUUUUUCUCCUUCCGAGUUUAUGAAUGCAAAAAAAAAUCCACCAGCCGUCGCUCAUCAGACGCAUGAAUGAAACGAGCACACCUUAAUAAGAUUGUUGCUUUAGGCUACACUUUAUUCUUGCAUAUGUUCUGCACAGACCGUGGAGGCAUCAAUAACUGGAAACAUCUUACUGGUUUUGUAGACAAUCCAUACGCGCCCACAAGACUCGCUCUCACACGGCUUUUGGCCCUAUUGAGUCAUGUGUGAACACUGGUACAGACAAUUCCUGGAUGACAGAAACACAUUUUAUCGAUGUAGACGUAAUCCUGCCUCUUUUGGAUCGUUUAAGUCGUUUAAGUCAUCCAUGUCUUUGUCUUCCCGACUUGAACACACUUUGCUUUCACAUUUGAAUGUUUCUCCGUAGAAGCAAACCUCCAGUCCACUUGAUGAACCUAAAGGACUCUGACACUGAGUGUUAAUGUGCACGCUUGAAGGCAUCACUCAUAGGAAACACACAAACGGCACCUGACCUGACUUCUGAAAGACAUUUUUAUCUUCAUCACUUUUAAACGCUGCUUGUCUACUUUUCCUUGGAAUCGCCUUUGUGGCUCUUUAGCCACAAUUUCUCUUUUUAAAUGUUUUUUUUUUCUACAUAUUGGUCUGCAGGGACGUCUCGCAGCUAAUGUGAGAAUUUUAUGCCAUUUAGGAUUUUUUCAAAUGUCAAUGAGAAUAAACUUGGCUAA